UGCCCCUGCGUCACCGGUUUCUCGCUCUCACCCCCUCGCCCCGCGCGCGAGAACACGCAUGCGCAGGGUGUCUCCCGGCUCCGAGGCGUCGUGUCUGUUGCCCGGUCAGAGCCGCUGGUGCUUCCCGCCCGGCGGGGAUGCGCUGCCCGCGGUCCUGGGGCAGGGGCUGGCCGGGCCCCCGGUGCUACCGCUGGGCGUGCGCGGGCCCGGCCCGGCAUGGAGGUGGAGGAGGCCUUCGCGCUGGUGGGGCAGAUGGGGCCCUACCAGGUGUAUCUGUGCGCGCUGCUGGCCGUGCUGCUGCAGCUCUAUGUAGCCACUGAAGCAAUCCUCAUUGCGCUUGUAGGGGCGACACCUCCCUACCACUGGGACCUCAAAGAGCUCUCAGCCAAUCAAAGCCAUAGCAACCAGUCAACUAAUGAAGAAAGAGCCUUUGGGGAAUGGCUUCUGACAGCCAAUGGGAGUGAAGUUCAUAAGCAUGUGCACUUCAGCAGCAGCUUCACAUCAAUAGCUUCCGAGUGGUUUUUAAUUGGGAACACAUCAUACAAAGUCAGUGUUGCCAGUUCAUUUUUCUUCAGUGGUGUCUUUGUUGGAGUGAUCUCUUUUGGCCAGCUCUCAGAUCGCUUUGGGAGGAAAAAGGUCUAUCUCACAGGUUUUGCCCUUGACAUCCUGUUUGCCAUUGCAAAUGGAUUCUCCCCCUCAUACGAGUUCUUUGCAGUCUCUCGCUUCUUGGUGGGGGUGAUGAAUGGAGGGAUGUCUCUGGUGGCCUUUGUUCUACUGAAUGAAUGUGUGGGCACUGCCUAUUGGGCAUUAGCAGGAUCGAUUGGUGGCCUGUUCUUUGCAGUGGGAAUUGCCCAGUAUGCUAUGUUAGGGUACUUCAUUCGCUCCUGGAGGACUCUGGCAGUUGUGGUUAACCUGGAGGGAACAGUAGUCUUUCUCCUCUCUCUAUUCAUUCCUGAAUCCCCCCGCUGGUUAUACUCACAAGGUCGGCUGAGAGAAGCAGAAAAUGCCCUCUAUCUCAUUGCGAAGAGGAACUGCAAGCAGAAAUGCACUUUUUCACUAAAGCUCCCAGCUGACAGGAGUCACAGAGAGACCGGCAGUUUUUUGGACCUGUUCCGAUACAAGAUCCUUUUGGGGCGCACUUUGAUCAUGAUGUUCAUCUGGUUUGUGUGCAGCUUGGUAUACUAUGGUCUGACUCUCAAUGCAGGUGACUUAGGUGGAAGUAUUUAUGCCAACUUGGCUCUCUCUGGGCUGAUAGAGAUACCUGCCUACCCAAUCUGUAUCUACUUGAUUAACCAAAAAUGGUUUGGCCGAAAACGGACACUGGCAGCAUUCCUGAUCCUGGGAGGACUGGCCUGUUUUAUUAUCAUGUUUCUUCCAGAAAAGAAAGAAAUCUGUGCAGUGGUCUCUUCCAUACAUCGUGUUUGGAGUGACUGGCCUGUUGUCGGGGCUCCUGAGUUUGUUAUUGCCAGAAACACUAAACAGCCCUUUGCUAGAGACGAUAUCGGACCUGCAGGUGUGCUCAUACUGGAGACUGGGGGAUGAAGCUAUGUCAUUGCAAGCACUAGGUGGCUCCCGGUCUGCAGACAAAGAUAGCUCUGCAGGGAGUGAAAGUGAAGAUGAAGAAUUCUAUGAUGCUGAUGAAGAGACCCAAAUGAUCAAGUAACAAGAGGAAGCUUUCCUUUUUACGCCUUUUUUUUUUAUUUGUCCAGCCAGGUCCACCCGUAAGAAUAAAACUGGAACUGUCUGCGGGUGAAUUUUAACAGGGCAAGUGCCUCUGCCUUUCCAGCAUUGGGAGAUGAAUUAGAGUACUAUUCAGAUGCAUUACAGUGGUUUGACUGAUUAGCAUUGCUGAUUUUUUUUUUUCCUUACUCAUGAGAACCAUUCAAAUGUUCGUGGCUCAAAAUUAUGAUUGCAGGCUAGGUUUGAGGCCAAAGAUGGUGGAGAGGUAUUUGACGUAUUUCUGAAACUUGAACUUGAGAACUGAUCCAACUUGCAGACAGACUUCCGCUGCAUGUGUUCACAUUUUCCCUUCAUGGUGGGCUCAUGUUGAUUUUUGAAGCAGCUGAAAUCCAUAAACUUGAAAGGUUUCAACUAGGUUUCUUCAGAUGGAUGAAAUCUAAAGAGUUAAACUGAACACAGAAGGUACUACAGGCCAGUAUGAUGGGAACAAAUUCCCAAAAUCCUCUCUUAAGUUACCUACAGCACACUGGGAAGAAUUAACUAUGGAUUCUCUACCAGUUCUGCAUCCACUCACUGGAAUGGAAUUUCAUACCUCACGUGGUUAGAGAACACCAACAAAAGAUAGCUGUACUCAGCGAUGAUGUAGGGUGGAUGGCUAGAGGAACCAUCGGUUGGAGGGACCAACUAAUAGGAAAGGGCAGAUGGUCUUAAAUAAAACAGAAAUCCCCAUUAUUGCUGAUCUCUUCUCCCCCAUCUGUCUCCUCUGCCUCGCCCCUCUCAAAACAACUUCCUUUUUUUCCUCUUAUUUUGGUUCUUUCUCACGCAGGUUUGUCAUGACAGUCUAUAAAUCUCAGGAUGGCUCUGUAUUUCUGUUGCAUAUUCUGUUUGAGUUUGUUCCUCUCAUCUUUUCUCACUUUGCCAUGUAAACUGAGGGACUUGUUUUUCCAUGGCAUAUAGUGAGUGUCUUAUGGGAGGUAAUUUUACUUAGCUAGGUUUUGCAUUAUUGUGGCUAUCCACGAUUAUGGCUAUGGAGAAAAAUGAGAUCUUCAGUGGUGCAGAGUACUGAAAUUGCCUGUGCAAGCUGCUGCUAGUGUCUUGGGGAUCAUUGCAAGAGGAUUCACGUAUUUAUUUUAUUUUUCUAUAUAUAGAUAAAGUUCUUUGGAAGUUUCUUGAGCCCACAUUCAAUUGGUUACUUGACCUUGCUGAGGGAGAACUAUAUUAUUUUGUUUACACUAAACUUUUUUUAAAGUAAACUGAAAUAGAAGGAUGUUGAGUGUUGAAGUUUUGCCAACUAAUAGAUGUGGCCUUUGGGUAUGGAUUCGAUAUUCCUAGUUAAUGUCGACUUUAUCCUCCUAGCUCUGACAGUUGAUGUCUGUAUAAAUUUUUGCAGUUUAUGGGAUCAAAUUUCAUAUUAAAAAUGUAAAGGUAGCUGGUUAUUCUAUUGGAAAAUAAUACGGGGAUUAAAUGAUUGGGGAGAAGGGUGUUUAUUGAACAUAUUCCAGAGUCAGCAAAAAACUCAGUUAUUCCAGAAGGAAGCAGAAGAUCAGAUCUGAAACUUACAGCAGGCUUUCUAAACUUUGUCCAGUCAAGAGCUGCAUAGGCAACUUUCUAGGAGCCCAAGAGUUGUAGCUCUGUUACUUAGGUAGAAUGUCAUCAGGGCUGGCUCCAGGCACCAGUGAAGGAAGCAGAUGCUUGGCGCGGCCAAUACAAAGGGACGGCACUCCAUCCGGUAUCGGGGCAGCACCUCCAGGAAUUCGGCGGCGGGUCCCUUAGUCCUAUCUUCCUCUUUGAGCUGCCGCUGAAGAGAAAGAGAGGGAGUGAAAGGCCCACUGCCGAAGAAUGAAGCGGCGCAAUUGAGCUGCCGCCGAUUCGUUUUUUGUUGUUGUUGUUUUUGGGUUUUUUUGCCGCUUGGAGCAGCAGAAAAGCUGGAGCCGGCCCUGAAUAACAUGCUGCCAUCCUUGUCUUCAGUGCAGAGAGGAAGCCCACAAAGAUUACAUGUUCCCUAUCAUGCAGUACUCCGUCUUGUUCUGAACAGAUUGAUACAGUGCUAUGAGAACGAUGGCGAGCUGUAGUGGGGCUCAGUAGUCUCUGCAGGCAGCACUUCAGUCUGGGAGAUGAAGAGGACUGCUGACUGCACUGUAGACAUCAGUGGGACAUAUUUGACCAGCAGCCCACGCUUUGGUCACUCCUGACUCUUGCACAGCUCUUGUGGAUGGGAUAGCAAAAUUAAUAGAACUUUUAAAAACGAAUCUGGAUGUUUUCAGCCUUAUUUAUAAUGACUGAGUGGAGUUCUUGGAGUUAUAAUUAAGUUUGUGUUUUGUGCUUUUUUUUUCUAGUUUGACACUUUAAAAUAUGGGGAUUAUAAGGAACAUGGGGGGGAUAUUUUUUCUUUUCAUUAGGUUCUUGGUGAUUUUUUUCCUCAAAGGUUCUAAAUGUGCAAUAACUCUUACUGAAGUUAAUGCUGCAGUACCUAGGAACUGUAUUGAUGCUGUCACAAACCCUAGAUUUCUUAGGGGAUCAAUCUCCACAAUGGAAUCACUGCCUCUUUCUGGCUUUGAGCAGUGGAAAUAGGGACUCCCUUGUGAGACUGUGUAGCGCUCUUGGCCUUGUUGGGUAUUUGGUUUUAUCUACAUUAUGGAUUGCUAAAAGUCCCAAACCUGCAAAGGGAUCCAUCCAUGUAACUUUCCAUUGUUACGCCAUGUGGUUGCAGUGGUUCAGGUGGGUGGAUUUUUUUGUAGGAUCAUGGUCAAAAUUUGUGACGGUCCCUAAUUUACAGUCAAAUUUACCUCCAUUUCAUACAAGCACUCUUGUACAUAUAGUCGCAAAACCAAGGAUGAAGAAACUUAUGUGAAAUAAAUUAAUUGCACUUUUUUUGGAGACCCUUAUACCCACAGAGGCUGCAUUCCAUGGCAAGUAUGGACAGCAUACACUGUAUCUAGGCAGACCAGUGUUGCUAAGCAGAACUCUUCAGAUUGACAGUGCAUGCUCUUCUGAACUCUGCAGCUUGUGCCUGUUUUAAUUAGAGGCCCAAGUCACAACAUUUAUAUGGCUACUCUACCUUCAAGUAUAAUCUAAUGGUUCAAUACUGGCCUGAUUCUAAUUCUUCCCACGUAUGGGCAGCGCAUAUUGGACAUCUGCCCAGGGAAACUGUCGAGUAUACACCAGUUCAAAAAGAAAAGUAUCACUGUUAGCGACACUAAUAUAGCACUGAUGGUCUGACAGAUUUAAUCCUUGUAAUUCUGGAUUGAAGUUUGACAAAAUAAGCAUGGGGAGAGCGUUUAUUCCAUUGUUGCCAAGUUAACUUUACAUAAAUGAUCUGCACUAUUCAGAGUUCUUGGUCUUGUGUAGACAUAAGAAUAAAUCCAAGUUGGUAGCUCUUACCUAUGUUUCCUUGUUUUGUAGAAGUUGUUUUUCAGCCGUGUCUCUUUAUGGGGCUCUACUGGAGAGAGCUGAGACUUUCCCACAGCAGAGAUCAGGCCAGCACUGCUUUCCGUGAGACCCAUCUGCUUACCAUUUCCCAAGUCUGUUGUCACGGUGUAGCAGGGGAUGUGCUCUAACUUCUAGACCAUGUUGACUUGGUCAACAUUUUUCCGUCUUGAAUUUGCUUAUGGAGGCUAUGGCAUUAGCUUCUCAGUUUAUUUUAAAACUGUAAUAGAUUCAUCCCAGUAUUUCAAUAUUAUGGGCCCAAUUCUGGCUGGCAGAACAUAUGCCAAAAAAUCUGUGGGCAACCCCAGGAUUGUAUGGUGGAAGUUAGCAUGUACAUGCACACCUCCGGGUGGACCAGCUAAGUCUUUAUGCACAGCUCUUCUUAAGUUAAGUAUUUCUAGUGCAGGACUAUGCAUGUAAAUGUAUUGAGUCUCAGUACUCUAUGAAUUCAUUGUAGGGUAUAAAAAGUGGAGGAAAGGUUUUUUAGGUGGAAAAAUCUCUCUCAUUAUAGAAAUCAUAUGGAAAGGGCUUAUUUGAUGUUGUAGUUCAUUCACCUCUAGCAUUCAGUGCAGCAUUCUUCAUGACCAUAUAGUUGCCAGUGCCUGCUCCAAUCUGCUGUAACCCUCAAAUGACCCAUGUGAUAGGACUAUUCCAGUCUAGUAGAUGUGUUAAAAAGUUACCUUGA